AUGACCUUCCUCAAGUGGAUCUUGGACAUCUACCCCCGAGUUCGGAAAAGAAGCACUUUAGAUGAAUACUGGAGAGUGUGGUGUAUGCUAUACCGAAAGUCUGUUGACAAGGGUUUACAUGCUAAAGUAAUGGAAGAGGUCCGCGAUUAUAUUGAUGAAUACUUGACCAUUGAGUAUAACCUCGACACGAGUGUGAGAGAAAAAGCCAGUUAUGGAUAUUGA